AUGGCGGCUAGAGGCAGUUACCGCGGGGGCUUCAAUCCCCAAAUGCAGUCUGGCUAUCCCUCUAAAGGACAAUACGAUGCGCGCGGAUACGGUCAGGCUUCCGGGCACGGGACUCCUGCGUCCUCAUUUCACGGCUCACCAUCUGCCCAAUCGCCAUAUGGCGGCAAUGGACGCGGUUGGAAUGCCCAACCAUCAUUUUCACCUCAAAGCCAAUAUCCCCCUCCUUAUCCCCACAGCAAUUAUGGGCCGCCAACAGGCCCGCAAGGGCAUUAUCACCACCCUAGCCAAGCACACUCUCCUCCUUAUCCCCCUAAUGGUCCCUCAUCCCAAUACAACCCGGGACCUUUCCGCGGGAGCCACAGGGGCGGAUCGGGGGCGUUUCGCGGCAGCCAAUUCUCUCCCGCUCGCGGGGGUCCCCGAGGUGGUUUCAAAAGCACCCAAUGGAGCCCACAGGGUAACAGCGGCCGAAGCCAGUUUACGCAAAGUGAUGAUGCAGAUCCGACUCGUGGAACUGCUUACAAGUCUCCGAGCGGUCAUGCUGAGCCGGCGCCCGUGCCCGUGCCCGUGCCUGAUGACGUCCGCAUGGAGGACGGCGAGAAUCCGUUCAGGCCGUCGAAGGAUUUGCAGGUUGAGGAUACAAGCAAAGACGACAAAUCAAAUGAAGAGCAGAUGCCGCCUCCUAGUCGGGCCCCCCCGACUGGGCCGCAGUCGCAGAACCCUAACAAAUUCAGCUUCAGCAUGAAGAACGCGUCGAAGCCGGCAGUCACGGCACCAAGACCUGAAAUAUCAUCCAAAUUCAAUGCAGCCCCAGCAUCACGGGAAACCCCUUCAAAACCAGCCCAGAAGGCCCCUCCGACAAGACUCGAGCGAGACCGAGAUGGGUUUCCGAAAAACGUUCCGACCGAGCCAGCAUCGGCACGGGCCCGCCCCAGCGGUCCAAGCGAUCGGAGACCCCCUGAACCGACCAGGCGGCUCGACAGGACACCUAAGACUCGGAAGGUGAAAAAGAUUGUGAAGCGCCUAAAAGAAAAGCCUACACUCCCUCCCGAGUUGGCCAGUUCCAAAUCGGUUUUCUUCCGGAAGCCCGGUAAGGAGUCAGUCGUGGGCUCAGGUACGUACGGCAAGGUCUUCAAGGGGCAGAAUGUAUACACCAAAAAGCUGGUUGCUUUGAAGAGGAUCCGAAUGGAAGGCGAGAGGGACGGUUUCCCCGUGACUGCAGUGCGAGAGAUCAAGCUGCUCAGCUCGCUCAGUCACAAGAAUGUUGUCAAACUGCAGGAGGUCAUGGUCGAGAUGAACGAGUGCUUUAUGGUCUUUGAGUACCUGUCACACGAUUUGACAGGCCUCCUCAACCAUCCUACUUAUACUUUGGAACCGGCGCACAAGAAGCACUUGGCCCAACAACUCUUCGAAGGCCUCGACUAUCUACACACGAGGGGCGUCCUACACCGGGAUAUCAAGGCUGCCAACAUCUUGGUUAGCAAUGAGGGCGUCCUCAAGCUGGCUGACUUUGGAUUGGCCCGCUUCUACGCGAAACAUCGUCGGCUGGACUACACUAACCGCGUCAUCACCAUCUGGUAUCGCUCGCCUGAGCUGCUACUCGGCGAGACGCAAUACGGGCCAGCUGUCGACAUAUGGAGUGCCGCCUGUGUCUUGAUGGAGAUAUUCACCAAACGCGCCAUCUUCCCCGGGGAUGGGGGCGAGAUUAGCCAACUGCAAAAGAUUCACGCCGUGCUCGGAACACCUAACCGGAAGGACUGGCCUGGUCUUGUCGACAUGCCUUGGUUCGUGCUGCUACGUCCCAAGUACCGGAAACCCAGUACCUUUGAGGAGAAGUACAAAGAGCUUUUGACGCCUGCCGCUUUUGACUUGCUCACCUCCAUGUUCCAUUACGAUCCUGACAAGCGCCCGACCGCAGCCGAGGUUCUGCAGCACCCGUACUUUACCACGGAGGAGCCGGCUCCGCGUCAAGCUAUUGAGCUCAAGGACAUUGAUGGCGAGUGGCACGAACUCGAAUCGAAAGCCCUCCGUCGGGAAAAGGAGAAGAAGGAAAAGGAGCGUGCUCGCGCCGCCCAGUCUCAAUCAGUCUCAAACGAGGAAGUGCCGGAGCACAGUGGCAACCGUGAUAGAGACCGAAAACGACCAAAUGACGGCGGCGAUGCUCCACGAGAGGCCAAGCGGCCGCAUAUUGAUAGCAAUGGCAGGUUCGAGAAGGCAGGCCAAGCUUGUCGGGACCUUGACUCGGUCUCUGGGAGGAUGGUGCCAGUUUCACCCGGGCAGUCGUCAAAGAACUUUGAGGAGAGUGACGGAAGAAAUCCCAAUCCAGGGCCUCCCGAGUUGAAGGGUGCAGGAAAUGGGUAG